AAAGUUCGGGAAAAGGAAGAUUUUUACCUUAACUGUGAAGAGCUCUACCCAAAUGAUAAGGCUACCGGCUACAUACCAAUACGUGGCAUUAUAGGAUGGCAAGGAUAUAUUUAUUGCUUUUAAUUUUAUUGGUGAAUGUUUCAGUUAAGUUGGGUGCCAGACAGAAAGUUUCUCUGAUACAAGAUAUCGAUGAUCCAAAAGAAUUUAAGAAGAUACUCAGGACAAAAACCAAUCUACUUAUUAUUUAUGCGAAAUCAGGCAAAGAGUAUGGGAAGCUGAAAAAUGUAUUUGAAGAUGUAGCUGAACAGAUGAAGGGCAAAGCCACCCUGGGUCUGGUCGACUGCAGUGAUGCUAAGAAGUUAUGUAAGAAUCAGAAAGUGUCUCCCAGUACUAUUGAAGUAAAACAUUACAAGGAUGGAUCUUACAAUAAAGAUUAUGAUAGAAAACUGGUUUCUAAGUCUUUGGUGAACUUCCUGAUGGAUCCUACAGGAGAUAUACCAUGGGAGGAAGAACCAACAGCUGGAGAUGUUGUACAUGUAGAAACUCCAGAGCAAUUUGGUAAACUAUUGAAGCAAAAGAAGAAAAUACUAGCUAUGUUUUAUGCUCCAUGGUGUGGAUUUUGUAAGAGAAUGAAACCAGAUUUUUCUGCUGCAGCAACAGAACUUAAAGGAAAAGUGGCACUUGCUGGUAUUGAUGUUGAUAAGCCUCAUCAGAUGCCCCUACGUGCUGAAUACAACAUAACAGGUUUUCCAACUCUGUAUUACUUUGAAAAUGGAAAGAAGAAAUUUUUAUAUGGAGGUGAAAAUAACAAGGAUUCAAUUAUAGAAUGGUUAAAUGAUCCUAAACCACCAGCAGAGAAGAAAAAAGAAGCAGAGUGGGCUGAUGAGGAAUCAGAUGUGGUACAUUUAACAGACAGUACCUAUGAUGAAUAUUUACAGAAUAAUCCAUCAGUCUUAGUCAUGUUUUAUGCUCCUUGGUGUGGUCAUUGUAAGCAAAUGAAGCCAGAAUAUACAGAAACAGCUAGUAAAAUGAAGGAACAAAAUAUUGUAGGAACUUUAGCUGCUGUAGAUGCCACACAACAUAAAACUGUUUCAGAUAGAUAUAAAAUCCAAGGAUUCCCCACAGUUAAAUAUUUCAAGGAUGGUGAAUUUGCAUUUGAUUUAAAUGAAAGGACAGGAGCAAAAAUUCUUGAGUUUAUGAAAGAUCCAAAGGAGCCUCCACCACCACCACCACCAGAGGCUAAAUGGGAGGAGGUGGAAAGUGAUGUAUUACAUCUCAAUGAUGAAAAUUAUAAAUCUAUUCUCAAGAAGAAAAAGCAUGCUCUAGUUAUGUUUUAUGCUCCAUGGUGUGGUCACUGUAAGAAAGCUAAACCAGAAUUUAUGGCAGCUGCAGCUAGGUUUAAAGAUGAUGGAAAGGUAGCAUUUUCAGCAGUAGAUUGUACAGUGCAUACAUCUAUCUGUAGUACAAAUGAAGUAACAGGAUAUCCUACAUUGAAGUACUUUAACUAUGGUAAAAAUCCACAGAACUAUAUGGGAGGUAGAGAGGAGGCAGAUUUUGUCAACUUUAUGAAUGACCCACAAAAUCCUGGAGCAUCUCCAUCACAACCCCCACCUGAGGCCCCAGAGGAACAGUGGAAGGAAAUUACAGGGUACCGAAACAUACAUUUUCCCACAGGCAGUUCAUUUGAUUCAUUUAUAAAACAGCAUAACUCAGUCCUAGUAAUGUUUUAUGCACCAUGGUGUGGACAUUGUAAAGCUAUGAAACCUGCUUAUGCUGAGGCAGCUUCUUUACUUAAAGAUCAAAAUGUAGAAGGAGUUUUAGCUGCUGUUGAUGCUACUAUUGACAGUCAGAUUGCUGGCCUAUAUAAAGUUCAAGGUUAUCCUACAAUAAAAUAUUUUAAAAAUGGUAUAGAAUCAUUUGAAUAUUCAGGAGGCAGAAAAGUGACAGAUUUGGUUAGUUUCAUGAAAAAUCCACAGCCUGCAGCACCAACACCACCACCAGAACCAGAAUGGAGCUCAAUUAAAAGUGCAGUUAAACAUUUAUCUGAUUCAGAUUUUAAAAGUCAGCUUUCAAAAUAUAAAGCAUCAUUAGUGAUGUUUUAUGCACCUUGGUGUGGCCAUUGUAAAAGUUCAAAACCAAUUUUCCAGAAUGCUGCUGAUUCAUUAAAGGAUAAACAAAAAGCUUUUGUUGCAGUUGAUUGUACUAAAAGUAGAGAAACUUGCAAUGAAGAGAAAAUAGAAGGAUUUCCUACAUUUAAACUUUAUGUUGGUAAUAAAUUCUUAUCAGAAUAUGAAGGAGGAAGAUCAGAAAAAGACUUUUUAAAAUUUAUAAACAAUUCUCCAGAGGCAACAAAAGAAGAAUUAUAGCUUUUUUUAUAUUUAUUAAAAAUGAAAUCCA